AUGCCCCCUGUGAGGACCAGAUCAGCUUUUCUCGCCUUCCUGCCACCUGCGCUGACUCCCACCUGCGCUCCCCCCCAGGACCCGGUCUUGUCUCAGCCACCUGUGACCCUGAUUGUCCCGUGGAGCUCGCCUCCACCCCAGCCCCUUUCUCUGCUCCAGGCGCGCUAUCACACACGCCGGCAGUCCACGCUGGCGGCCACGGAAACCCAACCCUCUCAAGCUCCAGGCAUUCCACGAGAUAAGCCUUCUUCUGGAGAGCGCCCUGAGCAGACCAUGGUAAGCGGUCAGACGUGCCCGGAGUGCUGA